AUGUCGAGUAAAGGCAAGAAGACUGUACUGAUCACGGGCUGUAGCGUUGGCGGCAUUGGCUAUGCAUUGGCGGAAUCAUUCGCGCAGCAAGGCCUGAAGGUCUUUGCAACCGCUCGAAACGCGUCCAAAAUGUCCGGUCUCGACAAGAAGUCUAACGUCACACUUCUUCCACUUGAUGUCACCUCUGAAGCCUCAGUCGUUUCUGCCGUGGAAGCUGUGCGUGCUGAAACGGGCGGAAGUCUGAAUUAUCUCGUCAACAACUCCGGGAGGCAGUACUGGAUGCCUCUUCUAGAUUCAGAUCUUGACGAGGGCAGGGCAUUAUUUGAGGUCAACUUUUGGGGUGUCUUGAGAAUGAUUCAAGCGUUCUCUCCGCUGUUGAUGGCUGCCACCGACGGCGCAACCAUCGUUAAUAUCGGAUCCAUCGUCGCGUCUCUCUACAGCCCAUAUUGCAGCAUCUACAAUGCCUCCAAGGGUGCGAUUCAUAUUUUCGACGAAACUUUACGCCUUGAAUUGGCGCCGGUGGGUAUCAAAGUCCUCACAGUCGUUACUGGGGCAGUCGACACCGAGAUUUGUAGAAAUAGCCCAGAACCAGUCUUGCCGCCUACGUCGAAAUAUCAUGCAGCUCAGGAACGGCUGAAACUAUUAGCAACUUCGGAAGAUGGUCACAAGGCGACAAAUGCUGCCGAAUAUGCUCACGCCGUUGUUUCCGACGUGUUAGGCGGUGCGACAGGAAAGGUUUGGAGAGGUGCACAUUCAACCACUACUCGUUAUCUUUCAACUCUGCUCCCGACGUCCACUAUGGACGGGUUGCUUUUAAACGGAUCAGGCUUGGAAAAGGUUGCAUCUGAAGCGAAAAAGGUGUCCUGA